AUGAAUUUGGAUGAGCUGGCUGGUCCUUUGACAAAGUAUGCACGUGCGCAGGGGUCACGGUGCGAUCAGGGAGAUCAAGCAUCCAAGAUGCAGAAAUUGCAAUAUGACACACGGUUCAAAGAUGCCGACGGCCUUUUCGAUUGGUACGCUACAUACGAGGAGCUGAGUGAUGCCUUUGAGCUGUUUUGCCCGCCGAGUACCGUUCGCGAUCAAGGACUCUUGGUUGUGGGAUGUGGGAAUUCAUCAUUGUCCUCAGACCUUUAUUCUGCUGGCUACGGUGACAUCACUAACAUCGACGUGUCUUCUCCUGCCAUCGAGAAAAUGCAGCAGCAGUUUGCAGCCUUGCCAAUGCGUUGGCUGGUGAUGGAUGCUACGUCCAUGACCUUUAAGUCUGACUCUUUUGGCGUGAGUGUCGACAAGGGCACGCUGGAUGCCAUGAUGAGCUCCCACGCAGACGAUCUUGCUGGAGCGUUGUGCCGGGAGGUGUGGCGAGUAUUGCAGCCUGGUGGCAUUUUCAUUCUGGUGUCCCACAGCGGCAAGAGAAUGCCCCUGCUGCGAUCGGCGCUGUCCAGCUUUCCGGUUCCUGCCGCGUCUGACGGAUCUGAUGUGCCUGUGCCGGCGUGGCGAUGUUUGGAACUCCGACGAUGCCGCCUCUCCCCACAGGCCACACUCAUCAACGUUCUGAGAUCCAAGUUGCCGCCUGCGGGGAAGCUGGUGGAUGCGUUUCGGGAUCCCGAGCUUCUGCAACAAGCUAGCGCGGAGGCAAAAGCCGCCUUGAAGCGCAUGGCCUUCAUCGACGCCUUUCGCCUUUUCAAAGCGAGGAAGAGAGCUCAAGCUGGACUUCAAGAUGAUGUUGAGGCUGACGAGGAUCCGCAGGAGCGUUCCCUGUGCUGA